UUUGUUAUUGCCUUUGCUCAAUGAAAACAUCAAACCCAAUAUCAAGUGCAAAAGAGAACAACAACAACCUUAAGGGCUAAGAAAUUACUUAAUUGUUCAAUAUAUUGCUAGUAAAAGAUCUUGAAAAUUUCAUACAGAAUGUUUGGGUGCAAUCCUUUGGAUUACGAUUUGAAAGUGGAAUUAUCACGCUGCUUUAAUGGUAUUGGGACUGUUUACUUAGCACAAUAUUUACCCAAUGGACAGCAUAUCGCAGUAAAAAAAUAUCGAAUGGAUAAAGCCAGUAAAGAAGAGAGCAUCUUAGCGCGUGAUGAACUGCUUAUCAUGCGUCAGUUCAGUCAUCCUAACAUACAUACAUUCCAUACAUCGUUUGUAUAUGGAAAUGAGCUCUUUCAGAUAGCACCCUUGAUGUGCUUUGGCAGCUGCAAGGACACCAUUGCUAAUUGUUUUCGGGCGGGUUUUCCCGAAAUUUUCGUUGCUUUAAUAAUGCGUGAUGUACUCUCCGGGCUCGAGUACUUACAUCGCCGUGGUUAUGUACAUCGCUCCAUUCGUGCCAGUCAUAUAUUACUCAAUCAAACAAAAGCGGUCUUAGCUGGUUUCCGUGAAUGUACCAGCAUUGUAGGGCAUGGUGAACGCAUUGCAUCUUUACAUCACUUAGCCCCUUGCAGUGCACGUAGUUUAAAUUGGCUAGCACCAGAAGUGCUAGAACAAAACAUAAUUGGUUACACAGAAAAAUCGGAUAUUUACUCAAUUGGUAUAACGUGCUGUGAACUAGCGAAUGGCGUAGAACCCUUUGCUGAUGCACAACCAACCUUUAUGUUUACUGAGAAAGUACGCGGCAAUGUGCCGACUUUAUUAGAUCGUUCUACAUGUCCUGCCAGCGAAGAAAUGAUAGAAAUCGUAGCAAGUACUGAUUCAGACUCUAUUAGGCAGGCACAGCAAAUAUACUGUCAACGUGUAUUCUCUGAUGAGUUCCAUCAAUUUACAGAAAUUUGUAUGGAGAAAAAACCGUCCAGUCGUUGGUCGGCAUUACAGCUCCUCAGUCAUUCCUUUUUCAAACAAUGUCGGCACACAAGCAUUCUAGAUCAAUUGCAACGCUUCGGUCUAGAGACGAAGGACUAUUCACAGAUAAGAGACGAAAGCUUGGUACUUUGCUCCGACUUGAGUGAGAUGAAUGUACACAGCAAUGAUUGGAGCUGGGAUUUUUAAUCUACCAUAAAUGGAUUACUGGAAUUAUUAUAGUCAAACCAUACCAACAUACACGUUUAUACAUGUACAAACAUAUAUAUAUAUUUAUAAAUAAAUAUUUAUAAAAUAAAUAUAUAUAUACAUACGAUUUUAUACGUACAAUUAUAUAGUUAUAAUUUUAGUCUGUAUUUUUUAAUUCCAUGUUAAAUUUAGAAUUCAAGUGUUUGUACUUACGCAAUGCCUCCAAUAGAGAAUUUUAAAGACUAUCAAAUAAAGCAGUUUGCAAAUUCAUCACAAGGGA